ACUCUGAACAUGGUCACGCCCACGCUGCGGGUGGAGGACUGCAGCAUCGCUCUUUUGCCUAGAAACCAUGAGAAGAACCGCUGCAUGGACUGUUGCCUCCGGACCGCUGCCUGCCGUUCCUCAUCACCAUCGACGGAGAGAGCUCCAACUACAUCAACGCUGCGCUGAUGGACAGCUACAAGCAGCCGUCAGCGUUUAUCGUUACCCAGCAUCCUUUGCCCAACACAGUGAAGGACUUCUGGCGUCUGGUCCUGGACUACCACUGCACGUCUAUCGUCAUGCUGAACGACGUCGACCCUGCACA